GAUUGUCUUUUUUUUCCGAAGAACACUUUGUAAUUUACAUUUGAAAAGAUAACGAAUGUUUUGAAAAGGUAAUGGAAUAUACAAAACAUGCGCGAGACGGAUAUGUUACCGUUCAACGAAACGAAGUUUGCUUAUAUCAAUAUCAAAGCUCGAGUUUUAAGGCUUUGUUUAAAGAGGAAAAAAGUGGGAGUAUAGGGGGGAGGGAGGGAAAGGGAACGGUUUGAGUUUCAGCCAUGACAACUGAACGAACGGUAUGCAGAUACGAAGUUGGGGGUAAAUCGGGAAGCCGUUCCGUACAGAGAACGUAGUGAUCGUAGUUACUUCGAACAGUCAACGACAUUGUGAUACGACUGAGGUAACGGAAAACAGAGCGAGGUAAAUCAAGAUGAGCGCCCUGCAAUCAUGUAUAAACCUUUUAAUGUUACAUCUCGUAUCGAUCGAGGCGAUCGGUGUUGGCCAAGCAUGGCGCAUAUCGCCUUACUCAAAGACCGAUUAUUUCUUAGAACAUCCAUCUUGGCCUCGGUUGGAUUCAUCUGCUUUCGAAGUACGCACUGUCAGCGGUGUGGGUCGUUUGGUACCUUUAAACGAUUUACGAAAUCUUCCUAAUAAUCAAAUAAUCGAGAAGAUUGAUAACAUCGAGCCGAAUUCUUUAUCUGAUCAAGAAACUAUCGAACGUGAUUCAAGAGAUAUGUCAUUGUAUCAAAAUGAUCAGAGAAAGAAUAUAGAUGAUAAUACUAGGAAGGAUUUAUCGAUCGAUGGAAAGACGAACGACAGUUCGACGUAUCCACAAAAAAUUUUCAAAACAAAAGUUUCCAUGAGAGUAUUCCCGAUCGACGUUUGGGAGCAAUCAUUGAAAGCUGAAAAGAAAAUCGAUAAAUCGAAAGAUAUUAACCAUCGUGUACGCCGUGAAGCAGAUAAUGAUACCAACAUGGAAAAAAUUGGUAGUAUGUUGACGCUUCGGGAGGCACGAUUGGCUUCUCCGGAAACAUGGUCGAAACAGCCAUUAUCCGUUGAAUUUCGACAUAGAUCAAAUUUCGAACAGCCCCUUAGGGAUCAGAACAAUGAUGCCGAUGAAUCAUCGAUUGGCUUAAGAAAUUAUCACGGUCCACGAGCCGAUUUCAUAACGAGUCACUAUCGUCGUGGUUAUCCGGACAAUCGUGAAUCUCGUGAUACAUUUUUUUCUAAGACAUACGACGAGCUUGAUCUACCUUGGUAUAGAAACAUGAUACGAGAGAGGGAUUACGAUAUACCACCAUUACGUCGUCCAUAUUCCGAAUAUUAUCGAACAUAUCCCGAACGAAAUUAUAGAAUGGAAAGGGAUUAUUACAUGCGUGUACCAAACAACGAACAUUCUUAUUAUUACGAUCGUUACAGGGACGAGGAUAUUGAUCUUUACGGUAGAGCAAGGACCGCACCGAAACCCAAGAGAAUCAUUUAUUACGCUACCUUGCCGGAGAUCGUAAGGAAGCCUGUUGAUCUUAGAAAUUAUCCUCGUACAGCAUAUGAUGGUGGAUUGACCAGGACAACCGUAACACGUGGUGGUACAUUCGAACGUGUUCCCGGUAAUGUAGAUCCCACCAGGUAUCGUUAUCGACAUCUCUACGAUGGUUAUGAUUCUUACACAAAGAGAUCGAGCUUUUACGAUCGUCCUUACGUUGGAUAUAGGGACGACGAGGAUCGUAGAAAGGGUUUAAUCAAGGAGAAUUUAAAUGAGAACGAUUCUGGAUAUGAAGCGAGUAACGAUAGGAAUAACAACGUCGUCAAUCAGAUACAAAAUAGGGACGAUGGUAAUAAACUACCCUGGCCCGUCCAAAUUGGUACAGAAGUUAGCGUAAAGGACGACGAGAGGAUUCAUGGGAGAAAAAUUUUCGGGGAGACAAUAGGCUUCGAAAGACUUCAAAAUGCACCUGAUCCUGUUGCAACCAGCGAACCUACUGGAAAGGAUACUAAUUGAAACUUUCUUUUUAUUUCUUUCCUUUUUCUUUUCUCUCUUUUUCUUUUUUUUUCUUUUUUUUUUUUUAACGUGAAAUGCAUUUUAUUAGAGAACGAGAUGACCUUUUUUUUUAUAAUCUUCCCUUAGCCGAAAGAUCUUAGUAAUAAGUAUAAUUGCUA